AUGUCAGACGCUUUGAUCAACGGACUCGCCGGAGCCGGUGGUGGAAUCAUCGCUCAGCUCAUCACUUAUCCUCUUCAAACUGUAAAUACCCGUCAACAAACGAAUAGAGAUCCGAAGAAGGAGAAGAGGAAGCUUGGGACUGUAGAACAGAUGUGCCAGGUUGUAAGUCAAGAGGGAUGGGAUCGGCUCUACGGUGGCUUAGCACCGUCACUGGUCGGUACGGCUGCGUCUCAGUUAGCUAAAUCACCAUCAGAAAUUUCCAACUCAUUCCUUGUUUAUGUGUAUGUAUAA